CUGCCUCACCCGCACUGCCCUUCCCGCAACGCCCUUCCUCUCCCGUCCAGCUCCACCACGAAGCUCUCCUACCACUUCCUCUCUACGCGCGAUAACCGCCGCGCAGCUCCCCUAACCCUUCCUCUCCGCGAUUGCUGCCGUCGCCGCCGCCGGACGGCGCUAUCCACCGCGCAGCUUCCCCACGCACCUCUCGUAUCCCACCCUUUCUGCGCGCUCUGCCGUCGCGGCCGCCGGACGCACGCCGGGCUGUCCCACGGUUCAGGUCAAUCCGCUCCUUCGUCGUGCUCAUCCACGCCCUCACGCCGCCGCACCGCCUGGAGGGCGCACCGGUGACCAAUCCACGCCUGCACCGGAGCCUCGAACUCGUCGUCCGCGCGCUGCCGUCGGCGACAGCUGUCGUCCGCGCGAGUCUCGUCCUCGAGCGCCGCCCGUGACCGCUCCGCGACCGCUGUGAUCUCGGCCGGCUGCCGUCCGCACGAGCCCCGUCUCGACCGGCCGCCGUCCGUCCGCGCGCGCCGCUGUCCGUGCGAGCCCCAUCCUCAAGCGCCGAUCCGCUGCCGUCGUGGAUCUACAGACCAUCUCCUCCCACCCCCUGAUUCGCUGCCAUCGUGGUCUGGGAGGCCGAGCGGGCGGCAGUGGGUCUGCAGGCCAUCUCCUCCCACCCCCUGAUUCGCUGCCAUCAUGGUCUGGGAGGCCGAGCGGGCGGCAGCAGGAGCCCUGCAGGCGGCACGCCAAACCAGGACAGCCACGGUCGUGGUCUUCGUGGCCGGACAGGCGACAGUAGAAGCCAGCAGGCCAAGCGCAUCCAGCACCCAGUCUGGCUCAUCGUCGCCAGCCACACCCUUUGGCCAGUUGAUUAGAGGUCCGCCGGCGCCGGGAGUUACUCUUCUGCUCAGGUUGCCAGAAAGAAAUUUACUCAAAUCAAGCAGAAAUUGGUUGUUCAACUCAUUGUUUUUGAUCCUCACUUCUCUCCCAGGAAUCACGUCCCGAUCGUGCGACCCUCCCCCGUCGAAGGCCUGAUGUCUCUGGAGUUUCUCACCGCGGGCUAAGGCAUCGAGCACGGCCGGGCCAAUCAACCACGCGGCGAACACGCGGCCGUCUGCCGUCUCCGCGGCCUGCGCCCCGCCACCUUCGCCCAUGCCAGUUUGACGAAGCUUAUGGCCUUCUUUAAUCUUGGACUCCAUCGUGACCGCGAGACCGGCCGCCGAACAUGCGGCCGUCCACAGCCCCGAUCCGUCUCUGCGCCUGUGCCCCGCCACCUCCGCCGAUGCCAGUUUGCUCUGGGUUAUUGCUAGGGUAUCCUCAGACAGCCUCCAUGUUUUUUGGAUUAAUAUCACUUUAAUAUCGAUAUUUAAUUUCACAAUAUUGUUAUUUUGUCAUGUGA